UGUUACGUGUCAUAACCAUACAUGCAGUCUCUCGUUAGUUAAAGAAUUAAAAGAAUGUAUAUCGCAUUAACCCAGUUUUGGUGGAGAAAAUGAUAGACCACUACUUCAACUUUCCAAUUCAUUAAUCAAGUUUUUUGGACAACCUUUCUCGUCAUAUGUAUAUGUACAUAUACAGACUCACUCAACGUGCCAAUUCUCUUCACUCUUCAUUAAUCCACCAAACGUCAAACUCAUCACUAAUUAAGUCUUAUCGUAUAGUAUAAUUUUUGGGUGAAUUAUUUGAUGGUGCAGAAAUCUAUUGUAAAUCUUGGAAAAAUGGAUGUGGGUGUGGCUAAAAUUAUUGGUGUGUUAUUAUUCAUGGAAGUAAUAGCGAGUGGAUACAGAUUUGGAGCUGAUGGAUUGAGCAUGAACUAUUACAUGUUGAGUUGCCCAUUUGCUGACCUUAUCGUGAAGAACACUGUUACAAGUGCUUUGCAAGAUGAUCCUACCCUUGCUGCUGGCCUUGUUAGAAUGCACUUCCAUGACUGCUUCAUACAAGGAUGUGAUGGGUCUAUCCUGAUUGAUUCAACAAAAGAUAACACAGCAGAGAAGGACUCUCCAGCAAAUCUGAGCUUGCGAGGCUAUGAAGUGAUCGAUAACGCAAAGGAGCAACUUGAAGAUCAAUGCCCUGGCGUCGUCUCAUGCGCUGAUAUACUUGCAAUGGCUGCUAGAGAUGCAGUCUUCUGGGUAGGAGGCCCCUUUUAUGAGAUACCAAAAGGAAGAAAGGAUGGAAGGAGGUCUAGAAUAGAAGAUACAAUUAACUUGCCUUUUCCCACUUCCAAUGCCACUGAGCUAAUUAGACAAUUUGGUCAGCGUGGUUUCACUGCUCAAGAAAUGGUUGCUUUGUCCGGAGCACAUACUCUUGGCGUAGCAAGGUGCGCAUCCUUCAAAAAUAGGCUCAGUGGUGGUGAUAUCAGCGUCGACUCAGAGUUCGCAAAGACAUUGUCGAACACAUGUAGCGGUGGAGACGACGCAGAGCAGCCCUUUGACCCUACAAGAAACAGUUUCGACAAUCUUUACUUCAAUACGCUUCAAAGGAAAUCUGGACUUCUUUUCUCCGAUCAAGCUCUGUUCACCAGUCCACAGACUCGACCAAUUGUCAAUGGCUAUGCUUUUAACGAAGCCAUGUUCUUUCUUGAUUUCCAGCAGGCAAUAGUGAAAAUGGGGACGCUUGAUGUGAAAGAAGGAUCCAAAGGCGAAGUGCGACUUACUUGCCGCCAAAUUAACUAAACAACUACGUACCCACUAUUAUUUUAUAUAUUAUUAUUAUUAUUAUUGUAUCAUUAUUGGAUUUGGAUGUAGUAAUAAUAUAAUUAAACGUUACAAAUAUCAUUUAGAUAA